CUCUAUUGCUGCACCGUCUUAUCAAUCGACUUCACUUCUUUCGUCUCCUCGCCUCCCCCCCCCCCUGCUUUUCAUCGCCUUGUUAGCGUCCAUCUUCUCUUAUUCCCUCACAAUUUGUAGUUGUCGAAGUUAGUUCACUGGCAGUGUUACGCAGGUUUUGCGAGGCGAGGUUAUUGUCAGUAGGUGGCAAGACGGAUAGCCAAUACAAGGGGACAGGAUUCAGGUGCAGGUUGUGCGAGACACAGGUUGGUUGGUUGGUUGGUGUGGUGUGGUGUGUGGUUUGAGGCUGGUGGAUGAAGCGGUUGUUGAGGUUGGAGAAGGAAGAGGAGGAGGAGUCGUGGUAGCAGUAGUGUUGGUAGUUGAGGUUGGUCAUGUCCAAGCUAAGGAAGUGGAUGAUGAAGGAGGAUAGGGAAAGCUCCGCCGGGAGCGCGGACACGAGCGCAAUCAAACUCUUUGGCGCCACGAUUGCUGUUAGUAUUACCGAUUCGGGUGUAUCUUCGAAGGCCGCUACCUCGAUGAACGCCACCGUGGCAAAGCCGUGCGUAUCGCUGACUGGUAGUGAAGAAGUCGAUGGCGCAUCGAUGCAAUUGGAAGCGGAUGAGAUGGGAAGUUCCCUUGGGAGCACUUGCAAUGAAUCUUCCGCAGGAGCAUUGAACACAUCGAAUGCUGAGAUGGCGAUUAAGGAUGUCAAUGGCGAGGCGCAGGUUUUCGCGACCUUUACUCGUGAACUUCCCCAGUCUGUGAUGCAAACCAUUCAUGGAAUGGUGUCGCAGCAGAAGCAGCGGGCGUUGACAGUUGAGGAGAAGAAGGAGCAGUGUUCGAAGAAACCGGACAAAUUGAUCCCCUGCCCGCGAUGCGAUAGUCUUGAGACGAAGUUCUGCUACUACAACAACUAUAAUGUCAACCAACCCCGGCACUUCUGCAAGAGCUGUCAGCGCUACUGGACCGCCGGAGGCACCUUGCGGAACGUGCUCGUCGGAGCAGGGCGUCGAAAGAACAAGUACGGAGCAUCUCAAAUGAAGCAGGAAGAUGCGGAGGGUGCAAAUUCCGGUAUCACUACUGUGAGGAUGGAUCACCACGAAGGGGCACAGCCUAUGCUCCCUUGUACCAUCAACCCUUACGUUAUCAAAGUUCCACCCAUGCAAUUACCCCAACUCGCGACUCAGUGCUCGCCACGACAAGUUUCGGAUGUCCAAAGCACCGUGACAACCUCUUGUAAGGCCGUCUCCUCAGCCUCGGCCUUCCAACCAGCAGUGCCCGAGAUGUCCACCGAUUCCGUUUCUAAAUUGCGGCAGAGGUCGGGAACAGAGUCCACAUUCGAAGGUAAAGAGACUUCAAGCUCGAUUUCCAGCGUCUCUGCUACAGAGACAACUUCGAAGUAUGUUUUGUCAUCGAGAGUGCCACCCCAGCAACAAGCUGACCAACAAGCCGUGUGGACUAAAAACAGCGUUCCUCUUGGUUACUUCAACGGCGCAUGGCCGUAUGGGUACAACAUUGGAAUAGGCGGUGUGGGGCCAAUUCCUGACAAUCCUGCGAUGUGUGGCCCGCAUCCGGCAGCAGCUUUGGCAAGCAGUAAUCUGCCUAAUGGGAUGAGCCCACCGCCUGUGAAUGUCUGGACGGGUAUGUGGGCGUCUGGUAUGCCAUCGGGGAUGCCUGGGAUGGCUGGUGUUCCUGCGGUGCCAUUUGGUUGGAAUGUGUGUCAAGGUGGUUGGACGUUGCCAUGGCGGCCUGUCCCUGCUGUUGCAGUGCAACCUCCCGCUGAGGUCAUGCAUUCUGGUAGCGCACGAAAAUGGGACAGUGCGAGCUCUGAAGACAGGGUGAGAAAGAUGGCGAGGGUGGAGAUUCCGGAAAAGGACGUGUUGUGAUUUGUUUUUUCCAUGUAGAGUUUGAUGAUCCAUCACAAGGAUAUGAGAUGGAGGUGUAGGAAAUCAUGGCGCGGUGUGAUCGAUAGAACUUGUAAAUCUUCUGGAGAAGAUGGGAAGAACCAAGGUUUCCUGAUGGAAGCAAAUGGGGCUGGGCCCUGUAGGGGUAGAAAUUAGUGUCAACAACUCUUAGUAGCUCUUGUCAAGGCAUAAGAUUCUUAACGCCGAUAAAAAUAAAAAUAAAUCCAAGAUAAGCGGGCUGUUGUAGUUUGGAAUAUUGUAACAUGAACGCCUAUUUUUUUUCUUUCUCGCCACCAAUUCCUUCGUCUGUGGCUUGCUUGCUCACUCUUUGCGGGGGGUGAUCGCUGCAUUGUUCGAUGGGUAGACACUUUUUGGUCACCUAUCUCUCCCACAAUCUUCGAGGAAAAGGCAUGCUUUGUAAUAUUGAUUCUCGAUUCUCGUA